AUGAGGGCCGUCGCCACUGUGCGUAGCCUGCCACGGCAUUUACAUACAUCACGAGCAUGCUUAGCCGAUAAGGCAUCAGGCCGUGCUGACGCCUUUGAGGCCCACGAGGCGCCUGAAUACGGCUUGCCUGCGCCCCUAUGGGAACGUGCGCUGCUAGGCGUCGGCAGUGCUGUAGGCUUGCUAGCGAGUCCCAGUCGUGGCGAUCUCUUGACAGUUCUUACGCAGGUAUCUUCGUACCCAAGUAUCGAUCGCCUCAUUGCACAAAUGCGAUCGACCCACGAAGGACGCUGCUUGAUGUUGACGCGCCCUUCGAUCAACUCUCACACGGUCGAUACAGCGACGCUGGCUGCGUUGCCUGAAGGCACAUUUGGCCGUGCAUGGAUAGAAUGGCUCAAAGCUAACAAGGUCGUUCCAGAUGGACGAUGCGAGGCACGCUAUAUGCCGACAUACGAGACACGCUACGUGAUACAGCGAUACCGCGAAACCCACGAUUUUUACCAUGUCUUGCUGGGCAUGCCCACCUCGACGCUGGGCGAGACCGUUGUGAAAUACUUUGAAGCGUCACACAUGCACUUGCCCGUCGCUGGUCUUUCAGCGCUGGGCGGUAGUCUGCGUGUCCUGAAUGACGACCGCCGUGCAUGGCUCUCACGUCCCAGCGACCCGGCGGAUACGCCAACAUUGCAAGCCCUAGCUCCAUGGGCAUGGCGUCUAGGUCAAAAUGUUCGUGUACCUCUGAUCUCUGUGGCGUGGGAAAAGCGGUGGUCACAGCCGAUCGAUGAACUCCGCGCUGAACUGGGCAUCGAUGAAGCGCCACCUGUUCUCCUGGACUGGGGCCGUCGUCCACGUCCUGCGGCCAAAACCAAGACACAUUAA